AUGACGACUUCUGUGAGUGCUACCCCAGAGCAGCAGAUCCCGGCGACGGACGACUUUAGUCUGCCUGUCUCUUUACUGUCUUCAAUAGAUAAAAGAAGUUCUUCUUUACCCACUGAUGACCUAGUGGAUGAGGUGGAGGAACAGUCGUCGUGGACAACGGCCAUCUUUCGUCGAAGGCAGAGGGUCGCCCCUGACCCUGAUGCAAUUGCGACCAGACGUUCUGUUUUUGAUGAUCCUGACCUUGCGCCACACUAUUGGCCCAAGAAGGAAUACGAGAAUCUCCACAGAUUCGAUCCAACCGCUCGUUGGACGUACAGGGAGGAAAGGGCCCUGGUCCGCAAGUUGGAUUGGAAGAUUAUGCUUAUGGCAACUAUAGGAUUUUCUGCCUUGAACUUGGACAGGAGCAAUAUCAGCCAGGCAAACUCGGACAACUUCAACCUCGGAAAUACCGUGUUCUUGUUGGCAUUCUUAUGCGCAGAGCUACCUUCACAACUUGUCUCGAAGCGAGUUGGCCCCGACCGCUGGAUACCAACGCAAAUCUGCCUCUGGAGUUUCGUGUCUCUGUCACAAUUCUGGCUGACCGGUAGGACCUCGUUCCUGAUCUGCCAGGCGCUUCUUGGCUAUAUCCCUGACCUGAUAUUAUAUCUAUCUUACUUUUACACGAAGACGGAGCUACCCAUGCGUCUUGCUCUGUUCUGGAUGUCUUUGAACUUCGUUGGCAUCGUUGCUAGUUUUUUAGCCUAUGGCACGCUUCACAUGGAUGGUGUGGCUGGCGCUGCUGGAUGGCGGUGGCUGUUCAUGAUUGAGGGACUCAUCACUCUGCUUAUAGGAUUUUCCAGUUUUUUCAACAUGCCUCCAUCGCCCACGCAGACCAAAACAUGGUUCCGGCCAAACGGUUGGUUCACGGAAAGAGAAGAAAUCAUUAUCGUCAACCGGGUACUUCGGGACGAUCCCACUAAGGGUGACAUGCACAACCGCGAGGGCCUUACAUUGCGUCGUCUGUGGACAGCAGUGUGUGAUUAUGACCUUUGGCCAAUUUACAUCCUCGGCCUCAUGUUUGGCAUCCCGAACACUCCCCCUUCGACAUAUCUCACUUUACUACUUACGGACAUCGGAUUCAAUACAUUUGAUACCAAUCUCCUUACGAUACCCUAUCAGGCUGUCGGAAUUGUCACCAUGUUUUUGAUCACGCUUGUCUCAGAGCUCGUCAACGAGCGUUCUAUUGUGUCGAUGAUUGAGGACGUUUGGACGUUACCUUUCCUUGUUGCACUCUAUGCAUUGCCCAGCAGUCCUAAUCCUUGGAUAUUUUUUGCUGUGGUGACUGGUCUGUUGUCAUAUCCUUAUACCCAUGCAAUCCAGGUGGCGUGGUGCUCUCGUAACGCCGGGGCAGUGGCAAGUCGAACAGUCAACGCGUCGUUAUACAACAUGUUCGUGCAAGCCAGCGGAAUCAUAUCCGCACAGAUCUACGUAGCUAGCGAGGCUCCCAGAUACCAACGCGGCAACAUGAUCCUCAUUAUCAUCUGCAUCGUCAACAUCUUUAUUUUGUACCCAGCUUCGAAGGCAUAUUACAUCUGGCGCAACCGACAACGAGCCAAGAUUUGGGAUGCGAUGACGACAGAAGUGAAACAUGUAUACUAUCUGACUACGACCAAGGAUGUUGGGAACAGAAGACUCGAUUUCCGUUUUGCGCAUUGA